ACAUGCUCGAAGCGUGUAGCUGUCAAACAAGAUCGCCGCAAAUCUGUCGGUCAUCCCCGAGUCGAAAAGUUGCAAGCUGUAUAUUAACCUCCAUCGGAUUUGCUGCAAUUAACUGUGUCCGUCGAUAACCAUGUCAAUCUUAGCGUACAACGGUGGCUGCGUUGUGGCAAUGAAAGGCAAAAAUUGUGUCGCCAUCGCCACCGAUCAUCGGUUUGGCGUUCAGGCCCAGACGAUUGCCACCGACUUUGAGAAGGUAUUCGAAAUCAAUCCGCACAUGUAUCUGGGCCUGGUGGGACUUCAAACGGACAUCCUGACGGUGUAUCAGCGAUUAUUGUUCCGCAAAAACCUGUACGAAAUCCGGGAAAACAGGCAGAUGACGCCGGAAAGAUUUGCCGCUAUGUUGUCCAACUUCCUGUACGAGAAACGCUUUGGACCCUAUUUCAUUGAACCGGUUAUUGCCGGGUUGGAUCCGAAAACCUUUGAACCGUUCAUUUGCAACAUGGACCUGAUUGGGUGUCCGAACCAGCCGAACGAUUUCGUUGUUGCUGGAACCUGUGCCGAACAGUUGUACGGUAUGUGUGAAACGCUCUGGAAGCCGGAUCUGGAAUCGCAGGAUCUGUUUGAGGUGAUCUCCCAGGCGCUGGUAAAUGCGUUUGAUCGGGAUGCCAUCAGCGGUUGGGGCGCGACCGUCUACAUCAUCGAGAAGGAAAAACUGACGGUUAAGAAGCUGAAAACCCGCAUGGAUUAAUGGGGUGGGCUUGAAGGGGGCGGAUGGAUUCGAAAUCGGUUUUUUUUUUGUAUUACAAAAUCUGAGAAAAUUCAAUAAAAUAGGUUUAAAUUA